AAAAUAAAAAAACAGAACUGGGGACAUGUUGACUUUUCAGUAGAUUGUACUUUCAUUGACCUUGUUAACCACUUCUGAAUUGUAUUUCCUGGAAACUGGUAGCGAGACACACAGCAGGCUUCAACCACGUAUUACUGUUUCUUGUAGCAGCUUCUGUUGACGCUAUGCUUUACCAUCAUCUGUCCUUUUCGCCCUAAUUGCGGAGCACUAACAGAAAGCGUUGGGGAAAGUAAGCACAGCAGACCUCAGUUUCACUUUGCCUGAGGAGCCUAAAUGUGUUUGUUGAUGAAAUCAGGAGCCUUUGGCUGAGUCUUGUUUUGCAGAUUAUUUACUCUCGUGAAAGAUGAAAGUCAAAACCGAAUUCAUUAUAUUGCUGCAUCUACAAAUAACCUUUGGUUAAUGCAUCUCCAGUAAUGACAACCCCUUCAUGUUUAUGAAUAUGUUGCAAUGUAUCUUUAAGUGACCCUUGCUCUGUGAUGUGUGGAAAACAGUUAAGCAGGUUAAUGGAAACAGUGGCGCAGGAGAGUGCAUUAAAGCUUACAUUACUGGUUUGCAGGGCAGCUGCGUGGUGCAUGUGUUGCCCUCUGGGGUGAUUUUCCAUGAUGACCGGGCACAUUGGCUUGUUUAUUGGUGCAGGGGCAUUUCAGUCAACUAGAACAUCAGGAAGAGCACUGUUACAGUAACUGUGCGAUUCAGGGCGUAAACAGAGCUCUGAGUUUGUUCCACACACUAAAACAGCCCACUUCCUUGUUUUGUGGACAUGCGGUAUUUUGCUAGUUUGUGUGUCAGAUGAUGCUUGUCUGAAAGGAAUUUUACAAGUCAAAAUGCUCGAUAUGGGUUUCAUAGAGAGAGGAGAGCAGAUGAAGGAAGAGAAGGAAUGAAAUGGAUGCAUGGGGAGAUAGUGAGAAUGAAAAUCAUGAGUGCACUGAGGCCAGAUAAAAGCAGAGGAAGAGUAAACAAAUUCCAGUGGUGUAAUAAGGUUACAAAGUAGAAGAACAAGAAAAUUACUGAAAAUGAGAAGAAGAAAGCGAGCAUGAAAGGGAGGGAAAAGCACUCAUGAGGGAGAAAGAGAGAGGGAGGCUCAAAAUCUCUCGCACACUCGUUCUCCCUGCCUUGUCUCCUCCCUUCAGUGUUUAGUGUGUGUGUCUGUCUGCGUAUGGGUGCCUGUGUGUGUGUGUGUGUGGGAGAGAGACAGGGCCGAGCUCACUUGCUUGUCGUACCAUGUUUAAUCUGACCAAGAAGGGGCAUCGGCAACAAACUCACAUCUCACGACUGACUGGCACACGCUGCUGUAGUGUGCGGUGAUGACACCGUCCUUCUGACCCCAGGUAGGAUGAGCCAGCGCCAGGUGAAGGAGCGGGACAAGGAGAGGGAGAAGGAGGCAGGCCUCCAGACGCCCAACAGGGAGCACGUCGUCACCCCCUCCACCCUCAGCCCCGGGGUCAGCCACAGCCACUGUUUCGAGAGAGGGAAGGAGGAUCUCUUGCCUCUGCCUUUGAAAGAGGACUCACAGUCCAUAUCUAAGAGCAAGUCUGAAACAAAGCUGUACAAUGGCUCAGACAAGGACGUGUCGGCGUCUGGAGGAAAGCUCACCAAAAAGGAGUCCCUCAAGGUGCAGAAGAAAAACUACCGCGAAGAAAAGAAGAGGGCAACCAAGGAGCUCCUCAGCACCAUCACUGAUCCCUCUGUCAUCGUUAUGGCCGACUGGCUAAAGAUCCGUGGCACUCUGAAGAGCUGGACCAAGCUGUGGUGUGUGCUGAAACCAGGCGUCCUCCUCAUCUAUAAAACCCACAAAAACGGCCAGUGGGUGGGAACGGUGCUGCUCAAUGCCUGCGAGCUCAUCGAAAGGCCCUCUAAGAAGGACGGCUUCUGCUUCAAACUCUUCCACCCUCUGGAGCAGUCCAUCUGGGCUGUCAAGGGUCCUAAAGGAGAAGCCGUUGGCUCCAUCACUCAGCCAUUACCCAGCAGCCACCUCAUCUUCCGUGCUGCAUCUGAGUCUGACGGUCGAUGCUGGAUGGACGCCUUGGAGCUGGCCCUAAAAUGCUCCAGCCUGCUGAAGAGGACCAUGAUCCGCGAGGGGAAAGAGGACAUGAGCACAGUAGCCACUGGUGGAGAACACUCCAUUAAUUUCUACAGCCUCCUCCGAGCCCACAACAUCCACGGUUUCCAGUUCAAUGACAGUGACCAUUUGAAGGACCCAGACCUGUACUCAGACAAGUCAGACAGGGAGGGCGAACAGGACCACGAGGAGUCAGACCCAGAAGGCUUGGAGAAGAGUGAGGAGAGCGACAGCGACACGUCAGAGCGUCAGGACGACUCAUACAUUGACCUGGACCCUAAUGAACAUCUGCGGGAAACCCCGUACAUGGAACAGUCCCAUGAGGAACUUGGAGAGGCUGGUGAGGCUGCUCAGACAGAAACGGUUUCAGAGGAGAACAAAUCUCUGAUCUGGACUCUGCUGAAGCAGGUGCGACCUGGCAUGGACCUGUCCAAGGUGGUGCUGCCCACCUUCAUCCUGGAGCCAAGGUCCUUCCUAGACAAACUGUCUGACUACUACUACCAUGCGGACUUCCUGUCAGAGGCUGCAAUUGAAGAGAACGCCUACAACCGGAUGAAGAAGGUGGUGAAGUGGUACAUCUCUGGAUUCUACAAAAAGCCAAAGGGGUUAAAGAAGCCUUACAACCCUAUUAUUGGAGAGACUUUCCGCUGCAUGUGGCUCCACCAUAAGACCAACAGCAAGACCUUCUACAUCGCAGAACAGGUAUCCCAUCAUCCUCCAGUGUCAGCCUUCUAUGUCAGCAACAGGAAGGACGGAUUCUGCCUCAGUGGCAGCAUCCUUGCCAAGUCCAAGUUCUAUGGAAACUCCCUGUCAGCCAUUUUAGACGGGGAAGCUCGUCUCACUUUUCUCAACCGAGGAGAGGACUAUGUGAUGAACAUGCCCUACGCUCACUGUAAAGGUAUCCUCUAUGGCACCAUGACCCUGGAGCUGGGUGGUCAGAUCACCAUCGCAUGUGAGAAAACGGGCUACAGUGCUCAGCUUGAGUUCAAACUGAAGCCAUUCCUGGGCAGCAGUGACAGUGUCAAUCAGGUCUCUGGAAAGAUCAAGCUGGGAAAAGAGGUGUUAGCCACACUAGAAGGACACUGGGACAGUGAGAUCUUCAUCAAUGACAAGAAGACAGGGACAGUGGACACUUUCUGGGACCCGACACCAGAACUGAGGCAGAGUCGACUGACCCGCUGCACCGUCCCGCCAGAGGAGCAGGGAGAGCUCGAAUCAGAAAGACUGUGGCAGCACGUCACCCGGGCCAUCAACAACAAGGACCAGACCGAGGCCACCAACGAGAAGUUCUUCCUGGAGGAAGCUCAGAGGAAGUCGGCCCGAGAACGCAAGGCCAAAUGCGAGGAGUGGAUCCCAGCCCUGUUCGAGCAGGACCCGGUCACAGGAGAGUGGCAUUACAGAUAUGCCGACACAAGGCCAUGGGACCCGCUCAACGACCUGAUCCAGUUUGAGAAAGACGGCUGUAUCCAGACCAAGGUCCGACACCGCACCCCUAUGGUACGUUCUGGCAGUCUUAUUAGUCUGAGUAACCAGGGGCCGCGGAGGGACAAUUUCAAGUGCCAGGUAACGGUGCCAAAGAGGAAACACAAGAGCGAUAAGCCCAAGAGCCCAGAGAGUGGCUGCUCUUCACCCGAACCCGACCGCCAAGACUCAUCCGGCAGCGAACGACACAAAAGCAAGCAUAACAGUCGGCUGAGGAAAAAAGGAGCAGACCUCAGUGAACUUCAAAGUGCCAUUGAAUCUAUAAAGCAGACGCAGGAGGACAUCAACAGGAGCAUCAGUGUGCUGCGGAGUCGUGCGGCAGGCCGGGCGGAGGGCAGCUCUUUCCUCCAGCAGCGCGACUACGUCAUCAUUGUUUUUCUCAUCUUCCUUCAGGUCCUGAUCAACUAUGUCUUCAAGUAGCAGCCACACCCCACGGAGAGAGUGACGCCCUCACACAUACAAACACACUCCCACACUCUCUGAACAUAAGGUGUCACAGUGGGGGACUUAGAACUUUGACCUCUUACAAUAAGUGACUACAACAGUCUCCUCUUCGUCUGUCUUUAUUAAAUCCAGCCACACACGUCCAGGAAAGUGGAGGCUUCCACACAAAUAGAGACUUUUUAAAAACUUAUUUUUAACCAGUCCAUUCCAAAAUGCUGGGGAGAACCACAGAUUUCAAAGCGGAGGGGAGCGGCGAUAAGGAGAGAUUUCUGGAGAUGAUAUUUUGGUGUGAUGAAGUUGACUGCCACUCUGGAUCUUACUGAUUUGCCUGGAUCUAAGAGGCAAAGACAGCAGCUUUUUUUUUUCUUGUUUUUUUAGCUGUUGCUUAUUUAGUCUUUUCGGAGUGAAAUUACUCCGUUCACAUUUCACCUCAAAUGACAGGGAACCUUUUAACUUGGAGAUGAGUACCGUGACUCAGAUGGUCACACAUAUUAAAAAAUAAAAAAUGACACAACUUUAAUUUUAAUUUUUUUUUUUUUUUUAUUGUUUUGUUUCUUGGCCUGGUGUGUCCAUGAAAAGAGGUCUGCUUGGGACAAAAAGUGAUGAUGAGAGAGAGGAAAAACAAAGUGGUCCAAUUUAUGUGACUUUUAUUUUUUUAUCUUUCAUAUUGGCUGGGGUUUCCACACUUGGAAAUGGGCAAGGAAGACAAAUAACACAAGUGACAUGUCAAAAGGAACAGAAGCUAUAAUUUCUGCUGUAUAAUAAAACUUCACAUUUUGCAUACAAUGUUAUUGUUUCCAGAAAAAAGUCAAAUGUUUGACUCAAUGUUAUUGUAUACUGUAGGUAGCAUGUACAGACAGGAUUAGGACAUGUGUUAGGCACACUAUUUUAUCUUCAGGCACAAAUGCACUGGAAACAUCAGUUUAUGUUCUUCAUUGGGUCAUCAGUUUUAUUAAGACUUGCGCUCAAGUGGACAUCAAACUACUUUUAAAAUUUCUGCAGGCAAAGGGACUUCAUAUGUUUUUAGUCAAAGUCAUCAAGACUUAACAUAGUGCAAGUUAAAGGAAUGGACAUAUGCUUAUUUGCUUAUUUGCUGUGAGUUAGAUGAUAAGAUUAAUAUCACUCUCUUACGUGUCCAUUUAACACAGUCAGUACCCGGUUAGCUUAGCUUAGCAUAAAGGAAAACAGCUCGCCUGGUUCUGUCUAAUCAUAACAAAGUCCACCUAAAGCGACUUCUAAAGCUCAGUAAUUCACGUUAUAGCUCAUUGGUUUAAUCUAUACUCAAAACAAAGUGUAAAAGCAACACUUAUGGGUUUAAAGAAAGGUGUCCAGGGCUGUUUCUUGUCAUAAUUGCAAGCCUUUUAUGCUAGCAGCAGAAGUGAGUGUCUCUCUUGUCUAGAACAAACCACAACAACUGCAAAAUCACAAUCUGUCAGUUUUACUCUUGAGUUUUUGUAAAGAAAUUACAUGAAACGCGUUAAUUUCUGAGCUUUAGAGGUGUUGGAAUGUGGAUUUUGUUACCUUUGGACAGAUCCAGGCUGGCUGCUCAAAGUAUUUAUGCUAAGCAAGGCCAACCGGCUGCUGUCUGUAGCUUCAUAUUUACUGUACAAACAGAAUGGUAUCCAUCUUCUCACCUAGCUUCCCUAACCAUGUAGAUAGGUAUUUUGACCAUCAGGUUUAAGAAAUGGUCUCCAUAUAUCAAAGCAGACUCCAGACCAAGCCAUGAAAGAGAAAACCCUUAACACUCCCCUUACUUCAGCACAAUGAUCGCAAAGUCAAAUUCAGAACAUGAGUCAUUCUUCCAGUGUUUUUGCACCUCAGCUGUUCACCUGGAAAACUAGAAUAGACACGUUAGUAAGUUAUUAGUCAGAGAAGGAGAUAGACUUUUUCUAAUUACUACUAUCACCAUAGUAACCAUUCCAAUUGUUCGCAAGUACCAGCCAAACUCAGUGUGUAGAGUAGGAGUCGGCCCCGUUCACUGUGUAAAUAUCCAACGGGAUGACUCUUUCCUCGCGAGUAGCGCGUGGCAUUUUGACACCAAGGUUCACAAUACAGACACUCCCGCACUCUGUGCACAAGCCAGUCUUUUCAGCCUUGUGUGUCUCCCUGUCAACUGCUCUGUAGAUACACAUGGACAUGGGCAAAAAAAAUGAGAUUAAUUGGGGCAUGAAGUUAGAUUCCCAGUGAAAAUGUAUCCAUAUGGUCUUAAGAGGUUGCUGUCCUUCAGCAGCAGAUGCACAAUUAACUUAUUGGAACUUAUGUGAGUAGUUAUUGUACAUUCUUGUUCCAAGAAUCUGUUGCCUUCCUUGUUGGAAACAGGUAUUUUGAAAUUUUAAAGUUUCAGAAACAGAAUGAUGGAUAACAAAGUCCAGGGCAAAAUGGCCAACUUAAUACCUUGAAAGUCUACUGGCCUAAGAGGACUAUGACUUAUGAGGACUCACUGAAUUUAAGGGCUGUGUUUGUUACACAGAAAAACAAAGGGUGGUCCCAGUAUCUAGGUUUUGUAUUGAAAGGUUAAUUUGGAUCUUGUAUCUUUUUCCCCCUUACCAAGCAAGGAUGAAGGCAGCAUAUUAAACCUUGACCUGACCUUUUUACCGCAUAGUCUGUCAGGAAUUUCUCCUAAAAUGUAAACAAGGACUAAUUGAGGCAAUUCAAAAACGAAACCACAUGUGGACCGUAUCUGAAUAUUGAUUUUGUAUAUCUCUUUGCCUGUCAUGAUGUUAGCCUUGUCGAAGUUUACAUAUCUGAUUGCCUCCGCCGUCAGCAGACUGUUGCGCAAUGAAAACUUAACGCUAACACAGAUAUGAGGAAAAACUAGUAGCAUCGUCGGGAGCCAGAUGUACCCCCACAAGCUACCCGGCUGGCCCGUGUGUAUUUGUACAUGUACUUUUGUGUAUCCUCAUUGCCUCGAUCACUCAUCUUAAAUAGAGAAUCCAGAUGUUAGAAUGUGGAUAAAUAAGUAUAUACCAGUGCCUUCUAGAGUCAGGCUGGGGAGGGGGUAGAUGAAGGGGAGUUAACGGAACUGAGAGGAGGUCAGCAGGGGUGUGGUGGGUGUGGUAUGGAGCAUACAGACCUAGCCAGAGUCCUAGUCUCAAGCUGAAUCAAUAAAGAAGGGAAAGAUGUUGAAUAAAAGGAUUGAUGGGAGGACUUGGACCUGGACUUGGACUAGGACCUGGUGGCGGCUGUAGUCACUGUAGUGCUUUAGUGGGGACGUGCCAUACGAAGCCAUAGAAACGAGUCUGGCUCCUGCUCCGCAGCUCGCCACCCCACCCUCCUGCCUUCCCCUACUGAAGUGUCGCCAUAGUAACUCUCCCAUAGGUUUCCGGAUGCUGAUUCCUGCCACAGGAGAGGGAGGGAGGGAGGGAGACCACUCCUCUCCACUGUCGUCCUUGUCCCUCUCUCGCUCUCUCACACACCAAAUUCAGAGGGAACUAAACAUCUUUGCUCUCUGUUGUUGUUGUAUCUGUAAACUAAUACAUUUUAUUUAUUCCUCUUUUCUAUGUUGGUUUAUGUUUAUUAUAUUUUCUGCUUGUAGCAUUAGGUCACUAUUUUCUUGUUGUUAAGCCACACACGGUUGGCUUUACUCCACAAGUGACUGUCCUCAACUUGUGCACACUGUCAAUGUCAACUGCCCCUCUCCCCUUAUUACCCCCACACAUUCACCUACCCUUUUGCCUAUCUGAGUACCUGAAUAUAUUUAUCGUAUGUCCAUGGCAACUAUAACUUCCCUGAAGUUUGUGGUCACAUGUAACAUAACAAAGAAUAAAAAAAAAAGAUGACAUCCUG